AUGAAAUUCGACUCAAAUUUAAAUCACGCAUGGUUUCGCUGCUUAGCAUCAUUCACUUAUAUAAUACGUCAAAUGUGUUCGCUAGGUGUCACCGUCUAUACACCCAGUGUAGCAUUAUCUACAGUGAUUGGAAUACCGUAUUGGGCAUCCAUUUGUUGUAUGACAACAAUAUGUGUAUUUUUCUCAAUUAAGGGUGGUCUUAAGGCAGCCAUAAAUGCUGAUGUUAUACAAACUGUCACAGUUAUUAUUGUUUCUAUAGCCAUUAUUAUUAAAGGUACCAUAUUUAGUGGUGGCGUGAAACGAGUUUACGAUAUAAAUCGUAAUGAUGGUAAGUAUACUAACGCACAAACAGAAAUAAAGGACGGAGGAGAUUGA